UCUUUUUUUUCUUUUUCUUUUUCUUUUUUUUUUUUUUUAUCUUUGAAAUAUCAGAAAUGGGAACUUUCCAACUUGCUUCUUGUUAUGCAUUAUCUUCUUUCUCAGCCUCUUUUAACAACAACAUCAAAUACAUUACGACCAACAACUCCCACAAAACCUUCAAAACCUCAAAAAUAAGAGCUGUCGGCACAGUCACCGGAGGUGAAUCCCAAGGCAUAGAGGCAGAGGAACCACCUGCGGUGGCUUUCGCUUUUGUCAGUUCUGUGUUGCUACCGGAUGGAACGCCUGACGUACAUUUUCGAAAAGCAUGCGGUGGCCAGAAACUUAGGAACAUAAUGUUGGAUUCUAAUAUUGAUUUGUAUGGACCAUACGCUAGACCUCUGUUGAAUUGUGCGGGAGGUGGAACCUGUGCGACGUGUAUGGUGGAGAUUAUUCAAGGGGAGGAGCUUCUAAACCCUCGCACGGACAAAGAGAAGGAAAAACUAACUAAGAAGAAACGAAAGAACUGGAGACUUGCUUGCCAAACUACAGUGGGUAAACCAGAUUCUACAGGGCUGGUUGUGGUCCAACAGCUACCUGAAUGGAAAGGGCAUGAAUGGAAUUAUGAAAGAGUAUCGCCAUCAGAUCUCAAGUCAGAGUUGGAGUUAGAGUUUGGAUCAGAGUCCUCAUAAAACAUUUUUUUUUGUCGUCUAUUAAUCAUUAAUGUUAAGUUUUGGAACCAUUGUGUAUAUAUAAAAAAUCAUUAGGAGAUGAUAUAAAAAUACUGCCUUCAAGGA